UCUUCACAAACGCCUCUCUUUCCCUUCCCCACUCCUCUUCCUCAGUAGAGAGAGGAAAAAAAAAACAAUCUCUCUCUCUCUCUCUCUCUAAAAAAAUUCACUUUCUCUCUCUCCAAAAAUCUAAUCUUUAUAUCUCUAUCUUUAUUUAGAUAGAUAGAUACACAUACAUCUGUAUCUAUCACUAUUUCUCGAUUCGUUUUCUUUCAGAUUUGCUAGUUUUUGUUUUUUGUGUGUUCGAAUUAAUCGGACGGUGGAGAAUUGAGGUAUGCAGGCUGAUCAGACGGUGAUAAGUUUGAGACCAGGUGGUGGUGGUGGUAACAGAAGCAGAGUGCUUGUGGGCCCUCGCUUUGAAACCUCAUCUACUACCAAUUCUGAUCUUCUUCGACCACAUGUUGGUUCUUUCAAGACUGGAGAUCGUUUUGAGAGCCAUGGACACGUUCGGUAUACUCGAGAUCAGCUCCUGCAACUGAGGGAGGUGGUUACCCAACAGUUACCUGAGGUUAUUCUACAAAUCAAACAAGAAGUUGAAGCUGAACUGUUUGGUGAAGAUGCCUCUCGAGGUCGUGUGGAUAGCAGUGUGCAGGUUCAGUCUCAGGGUCGUUAUUCUGAACCAGACAAUCGUGACUGGCGUAAUAGGUCAACACAAUCUGCCCCCAUAGAAGAAAGGUCAUGGGAAGCACUUCGAGAAAACAGGGAAUUUGGUGGCCGAUUCGACUCUAGACAGCAAGAAGCAAACCAGUAUAAUCGGCAAGAGCAGCUCAGUUCACAGUUUGGAAGAGCUCACAUAUCUGCCAACCAAGGGGGAGGUCCUGCUCCUACACUGAUCAAAGCGGAGGUGCCAUGGUCAGUCCGAAGGGGCACACUUUCUGACAAAGAUCGUGUGUUGAAAACAGUCAAGGGAAUACUCAACAAGUUGACCCCGGAGAAAUUUGAUCUUCUCAAAGGUCAAUUAAUAGAUUCAGGGAUAACAAGUGCCGACAUUCUAAAGGGUGUGAUCUCCUUGAUAUUUGACAAAGCCGUAUUGGAACCCACCUUUUGCCCGAUGUAUGCACAGCUGUGUUCUGAUCUCAAUGAGAAGCUUCCUCCAUUUCCAUCUGAUGAACCUGGCGGAAAAGAAAUCACGUUUAAGCGAAUUCUUUUGAAUAAUUGCCAAGAGGCAUUUGAAGGUGCUGACCAACUGAGGGAAGAAGUGAGACAAAUGACUGCUCCGGAGCAGGAGUCAGAACGCAAAGACAAAGAAAGAUUGAUCAAAUUGCGCACUCUUGGAAAUAUUCGUCUUAUUGGGGAGCUUUUGAAGCAGAAGAUGGUUCCUGAAAAGAUUGUUCAUCACAUCGUUCAGGAACUAUUAGGACAAGAUCCCAAAAGCUGUCCGGAAGAAGAGAACGUUGAAGCUAUAUGUCAGUUCUUCAACACCAUCGGUAAGCAGCUUGAUGAGAAGCAAAAAUCAAGGCACAUCAAUGAUAUUUAUUUUAACCGAUUGAAGGAAUUAUCAACAAACCCCCAGCUGGCAUCACGACUAAGGUUUAUGGUGCGUGAUGUGCUGGAUUUACGUGCCAAUAACUGGGUCCCUAGGCGGGAAGAGGUGAAAGCCAAAACCAUCAAUGAGAUUCACUCGGAAGCAGAGAAGUCUAUGGGGUUGCGUCCUGGUGCUACAGCAAGCAUUAGAAAUGCUCGUGCCAUUCCUUCAGGUGCUCAAGGAAAUUUGGGCGCUGGUGGCUACCGACCUGGCGCUGGUGGUAUGAUGCCAGGAAUGCCAGGUGUAAGGAAGAUGCCUGGGAUGCCGGGAAUGGAUAAUGACAACUGGGAGGUUCAAAGGUCACGGUCGAUGCCAAGAGGUGUUCAGCCACCAUUGAUCGGCAAGUCGCCCUCCUUGAACACAAGGCAGCUGCCUCAGGGGAGCGGUGGCGUCAUUAGUGGCCGGAGUAGCGCCCUCUUGCAAGGCAGUGGUGUACCUCCCGUCCGGCCAUCAGGCUAUGCCUCCGCAAUGGAGCCUGUAUCACAAGUUCCUGAACCGGUUAGGCCGUCUCCAGCUACUACUGUUUCCCCUGUUGCUGAGAAACCUCAGGCUCCAGCUGCAAGGUCAAAUCCAGAGGAACUGAAAAGAAAAACAGUUUCUCUUUUGGAGGAAUAUUUUAAUGUUCGGCUUUUGGAUGAAGCUUUGCAGUGCAUUGAGGAACUCAAAUCCCCUGACUUCUACCCCGAGGUUGUCAAAGAAACCAUAUCACUUGGACUGGACAAAAGCCCUCCCCGUGUCGAACCAGUUGCACAACUUCUUGAAUACUUGUUUGCUAAGAAGGUUUUUACUGCUAUAGACUUGGCCACUGGAUGCGUGAACUUUGCUUCUCUGUUGGAUGAUCUUGCAAUGGAUUUGCCAAAAGCACCAGCAAAUUUCGGGGAGAUAGUUGCAAAGCUAGUUUUGACAGGGGCGGUAGACUUCAAGUUGGUGCAUGAGAUCCUGAAGAAGGUAACAGAUGAUCUAUACCAGAAGGACUUGUUUGUAGCCAUCACCGGAGUUAUUACCUCUAGCCCUACGGGUCAAGGAGUAUUAGAUUCACAGGCACCUGAUAUUGAAGCCUGCAAAAAUCUGCUCCAGUAAAGCUCAACUCUUUGCUUGGAGGAGUGAUGUAACUGCGCAGAUGGAAUAUGCUCAAACUCACUUUUCCUGGCAAUGGCCUUCUCCAUUUAUGCCCAGUGAAGUAGAGCAACUAUAUUGCAGUUUUCAUCGCUGUAACGAUCAAGAACAGGUGAUUUUAUAUGAGUUGUAUACUUUCCCAAGGUGUGUUCAUUAGACAAAGAUUUUGCGACAUGGUAAAUUAUAUGCCAUAUUUGCACGAGGCAAUGGGGCUGCUUACGGAGCCCGGCUAUUUUGUAUUCCAUUAGUUUUUUAAUCAUUUUUUCUCUUGACUUUGUUAAAUUAAGUUUUGUCAAACUUGUGAGUUCAUAAAUGCAACUGUUCCAAUCUUUACACCAUUCUGAAGUAGAAGUUGAAAACAGAAGUUUGUCUCA